AUGGGUGGAAGCUGUGGCUUUGCCCACCAACGAUGCCAAAGUAGUGUUCCAAGGACACUUAUUAGUGAUGGAGGAAGCCAUUUCUGCAACAGACAGUUGGACUCUCUUCUGCAGAGAUAUGGAGUCCGUCAUAAAGUGCCAACCCCCUAUCACCCUCAGACAAGUGGACAGGUUGAAGUUUUCAACAGGGAACUUAAGAGGAUUCUAGAGAAGACCGUCAGUAUUUUCAUAAAGGACUGGUCUAGGAAGCUUGAUGAUGCUCUCUGGGCUUACCGGACAGCAUACAAGACUCCCAUUGGCAUAUCCCCUUAUCGGUAUCUGAAUCUUGAUUCGGAAGCUGCAGGAAUCAAGCGAAUGCUUCAGUUAAAUGAGCUUGAUGAAUUCAGAUAUUCAGCCUAUGAGAAUGCCAAGCUCUAUAAGGAAAGAACCAAGCUACUGCAUGACAAAAAGAUUGCCAUCAGAGUCUUUGAGCCAGGACAAAGAGUGCUUCUAUAUAAUUCAAGGCUCAAAUUCUUUCCCGGGAAGCUGAAAUCCCGAUGGUCAGGGCCGUUUGUGGUUACCAGAGCUUCACCGUAUGGUCAUGUGGAAAUACAAGGAGAGAACUCUGACAGAAAAUUUACAAUGAAUGGCCAGAGGUUGAAGCACUAUCUUGGAGGCGAGAUUGAUCGCCAGAGGUCCACUCACCUGCUAAACUAG